AUGAGAGCGAUCCUCGCAUGCAUACUGCUCGCCGGAGUGUUAUGUCAAGAGCCACCACUCCUGAGACCUCCAAUUCUCGACCGGAUGAGUUCUAACGGAGCCACACCACUGGAGAAGAAACAAGUGUUCACUCAACUCAAGAAUAUCAUCAAUUCAGCCCAGCUUCCUUGGUAUAAGGCAAAUCUGCAUAAAGUAGUCAAGGACAACGCAGCAUAUAAAUAUUCUGUAGAUGUCGGAGGCGAUGUUGGUGCAAAAGCACUCGAAGAGCUAAAGGAAAUUCGCACAAAGUCAGAAAAUCCGCAGAAUGUGUUGGAUUUUUUGGAGAUAUGUAUGGAAUUCAUGAAUAAGAAUACGAUUCCCGACACUUCGAAGUGGUGGUUCUUCAAUGAAGCAACGAUACUUAUGAACAGAGGUUACAAACUAGAAGAGUUCAAGGAUUUUUUGAUUCGUGGAGAUUGGAUUCUACCGGUGAAUGUGUUGGAGGCAUUGGAGAUCCUGUACAGAACUCCGACUAGAGUUCUUCAACCAUAUGAAACCAGUCGGUUCACGUCGCCUAACGGCGACUGA